AUGGAGCCCAGCGAACAAGACUUGAUUCUUGAGGAACUCGUCGGAAAGUCAUAUGCCUAUUACGAACAAGGGGACUAUCAAAAGGCAAAGGAUAUUAUUCAGGAAGUGCUGGAGAUACAAACGAGAGAGUUAGGUGAAGAUCAUCUUUCUGUGUCCUUGACACUCAACUACAUUGGAGAUAUCCUACUGAAGGAAGGGAAGUCAGAUGAAUCCAUAGAGCAUUACAAUAGAGCUCUUGAGAUGCAGUUGAAGAAGUUAGGAGAAAACGAUGUUCGUAUAGCCAAUACCUAUCAAAAUAUUGGCGAAGCCUUUCUGCAUCAAGAAAACUGUAAAAAAGCCGAGGAAAUGUUCCGAAAAGCUCUGCAUAUCAUCAAUCUCCAAACUUCGUCACCAGAACCAUUCAUCUUGACAAGGCUGAACCAACAUCUAGUGCUAGCAUUGAAAAGGCAAGGCAAGGUUUCAGAUGCAAUCAAGACAGAAAAAGCAUCACUUGCGAAACUACUAGAACAACAUGGGGAAGACCAUGCCGAAGUCGUUUUUGCAUAUAUUUGUAUUGCACAGCUGCUGGCAGAUCAAAAUAGACUUGAUGAUGCUUGUCAGCUACUUGAUAAAAGCGCCGAAAUUUGCGCUCGACUACCAGGGGGGGACGACCUCGGGAUGUUUGCAGGAACGCUCGAAAGCAAAGCAAGCUUGCUGGAAGCGCAUGGGAACUUCGAAGGUGCCACAGAGGUACUCACCAAAUUGCUAGGCAUGCAAGAGGAAAAGUUAGGUGAAAUGGACCCUGCAAUAGCAGGGACCUGCGAAAAGCUUGCACUGGCGUACAACCGACAAGAUAUGCUGGAAGAUGCCAUUGAGGCGUACGCGAAAGCCAUCAACAUUCACAAAAGGGUGUCUGGCGAUGACCAUCCCCACACAGAGCAGCUUAUGGUUGCCCGCCAAUUGUUACUGCUCAAGAAAAAUGCGAACGACUUGAUCGACCAGGGACUUGCAAUGUACGUUCAAGGCGAUCCGGAAAAUGCGGUACAACUUUUCCAAGAGUCGCUGGAUAUUUACAACGAAAGGUUUAGUGGUCCUCAUUCCAAUAUGGCAACAAUCUACGAGUAUAUUUCGGAUAUCAGAGUGGAACAAGGUUUGCUAGAAGAUGGCAUCGCUGCGAGUGCAGAGGCCCUCAAGAUUCGUCGUAGAACACUCGGGGACGAUCAUGUUGACACGAAGGGGCGUAUGCAAGCGCAUAGAGCUCUUCUAAAACGUCUUUUAGAGAGUCGGAGAUGA